AUGUACACCCGAGGUAGAGUCCUUGCGGCGUCGAGCUCGUUUGCCUACAAUUCGUCAGGUGUGCGCCUGGGGACCAGUGCAAGUAGUCGCCGUUUACUGCACAUAUGCGCCACGGAAACGGUUCCGGGGCGCACGUCGGCGGGUGAUCUGGGCAUGGUGUUUGGGCACACGGUGCGAUCGCGUAACAUCGUCGGCAACACAUGGGCCCAAGUUCAGACCAUCUGGGGCGGCGAGAUCGGUGGCGACACCCGGCUGCUACAGGAGGCCAGGAAGGAAGCCACCGCCCGAAUGGAGGAGGCUGCACAGGAGCUGGGCGCGGACGCUAUUGUGCGCGUGCAGUACCAGUGCAUGUCGGGCCACGUUACGGAGGUCAUGUGCUACGGUUCUGCCGUCAGGCUGGCGCCGGCCAGCAGCAAGGCCGCAUGA